GUCGGCGUAGGCGCUUCGAACAGUAUAAGGCCUGUGCGCAUACCUCACGGACUGUUAUCUCAUCGCGAGAAAAUACACGAAUCAGACAUGGGCGCGAAGGUGUUUAUGUUGGCGCCAUUGGUGCUCCUGGUAUUUGGAACUGCUGAAGGUCAACGCUACCACAACUACUAUGCCCGGAACUACCUGGGCCGCGACCUGUACGAGCACGGGCGCUCGAUCUCCGACAACCUGGUGACCUGCGGGCCCCACACCUGCGGCGUCGGGGCCCACUGCAUCCACGGCAGUGUGAGGCCCGUCUGCGCUUGCCUGCCUGGUUAUUCCGGAGAUGCACUUACACAGUGCGUCAAGAUCGAAUGCAUUGACAACAGCGAGUGCCGCGGCCACCAGAGCUGCGUCAACCAACAUUGUAUCGACCCCUGCGCUGGCGCCUGCGGAGUCAACGCUAACUGCGACGUCCGUAACCACAUCCCGGUUUGUACCUGCCCAGCUGGCUACACCGGAAACCCCUUCAGCUCAUGCAGAAUCGCCGACCCAGAGGAAGCUUGCCACCCAUCUCCCUGCGGCGCCAACACUAAGUGCCACGUCGCCAACAACCAGGCUAUUUGUACUUGCUUACCUGGAUACAGGGGUAGUCCCUUGACCGGCUGUCACCACGAAUGCGAGUCUGACGGCGAGUGUGGAGCCCAACAAUCUUGUCGGGACUUCAAGUGUAUCAGCCCCUGUGGAGACUGUGGCGUUAACGCUGACUGUGAGACUGUUGCUGCCCACCGCGCCAUCUGCAAGUGCCCCAGAGGUUACCACGGAGACCCCUACAGGAUCUGCACAGCCGAGUGCACAUCUGACGGCGAAUGCCCCAGCUACAAGCCCGCUUGCAUCUACAACGCUUGCGUCGACCCUUGCAUCAACGCCUGCGGUACCAACGCUGAGUGCCACCUCCGUGGUCUGACACCCGUCUGCUCUUGCCCAAGGAACAUGACUGGAGAUCCCUUCUCUUACUGCCGACCUUUCGAAGCCCGUGACCUUUGCGAGCCUAACCCUUGUGGUGCUAACGCCAAGUGCACCCCCGGACACGACCGCACCGGCGCCGAGCGUCCCGUCUGCACCUGCCCUACCGGAUACAUCGGAAACGCUCUCGUCUCUUGCGAACGUGGUGAAUGCGAGCUGGACUCCCAGUGCCCAGACAACCUGGCUUGCGUUGGAUACCGCUGCGUGGACCCCUGUCUCGGUAACACUCAGUGCGGCUCCGGCGCCGUCUGCAUGGCCCGCAGGCACAUCGCUGUCUGCACCUGCCCUAACGGACGCAACGGCGAUGCCCUCGUGAACUGCUACGACACACAGUCAGUGGUAGCCACCGGCCGUUACUACAGGUACAAGCGUGACGGCAACUACACCAGCCAGCCCGAGCCCGAAGCACCCGCCACCAUCGUCGAGCUCACUGAAGCCAAAACUGAAACUGAAACGAAACCAGAAGAGAAAAAAGAAUAAAUAUAUACCCCGAAAAAAAUCGACUAAACUAUAGUACUAAAAGCGCGGACUUCUACCUUCAGGUACAUCACUAAUGUCAUAUUGACAGGAUGUUUUAGUCGACCAGUGCCAUUGAAUUAAGUUAUUUAAAAAGCCCGCGCUUUUUCUACGAAACUGUAAAAGGAUUUACCGAAAUUAUUAAUUUAAACUUUCAAUUCGAUAUGAUGAACUUGUUUGAAUAAAAAUGAGCUUAUUUUUGUAAGAUUUUAGAUUGUUUUAUGAAAGUACAAAAACGGGAGAAACAAGAAGUACGGAAUGCUCUCUUUUUCUAUCGUUGAAUGAAACAAAAAGAAGAGGCAGCAAUGCUGUGCUCGUAUUGAAUUGAAAGUUUGAACUAGGCUUUCUAAUGUUUUACUUGUUAGCUCUGACUGUUAAACAAUCAUGCUCUCUACAUGUUUGAUAUCGAUAGAAGAAUCCAAUCGGUAAAGAUGAUAAAGCUGUUAUGUUGUUGGUUAAUUAUGGUUACUAAUAAGUAAAUACUGCCAAUUCCAAUAAAAUUGUCGCUAUUA